AAGGGCAUUAAGGUCAACCAAAUUGGUGGAUGGAUGAUCCCAAUCCCAGCUGAGCUGCUCUAAUUUCUGGCCUCUGCCUCCUACUCUUGUAACUUGGAACACUAAAGGAGAAUGGUUUUUAAAGUCUUCACCUUUUUCAUUUUUUCUUAAUUUUUGUAUGCUUGUUCACUCUUUGCAGCAUCUUUGAGAGGAGGUUCUGCGGUUGCUCUGUGUCCUACUCUGAUAUAUUCUGCUUUUGCCGCUGCUCCUCUCUCUUUCUAAUAUUAUCUUCUUCAGUUUGAGUGGUUUCAAAGUCGAGAAUAGCCAAGUACCUUACUGCCAGAUUUCAAAGUCAUUCUUAUUUUGUCUUAUAAAUUCCAGUUAUAUUGGGUUAUUGGUCUCUGUUUUGCUCUGUUUCGCUUCAAGUUAAUCACAAGGAUUUGGUCUGUUCAGCCUGGGUGCUUUUCUGCAGAUAGGUUAUUGAUUUGCGGAAAGUUUUAGUUGAUCUGAUCGGAGUAGCAACACACGGUGUGUUUUUUUGAAGAUUUAAUCAAGAAACAGAGUAAAAAAUGGAAUCCGAUCUUCCACACCACCAUCAUUUCUUUCAUGAUCAUCACCAGAAACAAAUGAACCCUGGCUUGACCAGGUACCAAUCUGCUCCAAGCUCGUAUUUGUGUGGUUUCCUGGACAGAGAAUUCUGCGAAGAGUUCCUUAAUAGGCCAACAAGCCCUGAAACGGAAAGAAUCUUCGCAAGAUUUCUGGCCAGUUCUGGUGGCAACACAGAGAACGUGUCAAACCAAAACUUUGGUUUAAUUAAGCAAGAUUCUCCAGUGAGAGAAGCGAUGCCACAAGUUAAUCAGCAAGCUCAGAUUCUGGCUUCAGUGAACAGUAAUGAUACAACAAGGUUGCAUCAACAACAGCAGCAGCAGACCAAUUAUUCAGUCGCUUCACAGGGUUUUUAUCAGAACUCAUCAAAACCACCAUUACCAGAUAAGAAUUCAGGUUGUGGUAUGGAUUAUAGGAUGGCGACUUCAAUGGGAAUGGAGCGCUUACCACAGAUGAAGAGUACUACUGGAGGCAGUAAUUCGAACCUUGUUCGGCACAGUAGCUCACCUGCAGGGCUUUUCUCCAACAUAAAUGUGGACGUAGAAAAUGGCUAUGCUGUAUUGAGAGGAAUGGGAGAGCAUGGAGCAGGUAAUAGAGAAACAUCUUAUUCUACAGCUAGUAGGCCACCUCCUGCUCCAGGGCGAAUGAGUCCAGUUGCUGAAAUUGGGAACAAAAACAUGGGAAAAAGUAGCACUGAGAAUAGUGGUUUUGGUGAAGCUCGCAGCAAAAAUUAUGUCACAAGUUUCCCAACCGCUUCUUGGGAUGAUACAAGUGCCAUGUCUGCUGGUGCUGGUGUAAAAACACUAACGGAAGAUGAUAGGACUCUUUCUGGCCUAAAUGCAUCCGAGACUCAGAGCGGAGAUGCGGGAAAUCACCCUCCUAUGUUGGCUCAUCACUUGAGCUUGCCAAAAACCUCAGCUGAAUUGUCUGCCAUUGAAAAGUUUCUGCAAUUGCAAGAUUCUGUGCCAUGCAAGAUUCGGGCUAAGCGUGGAUGUGCCACUCAUCCAAGGAGCAUUGCUGAGCGGGUGAGAAGAACUCGAAUUAGUGAACGAAUGAGGAAACUACAAGACCUUGUACCUAACAUGGAUAAGCAAACAAACACAGCAGACAUGCUGGAUUUGGCUGUCGACUACAUUAAAGACCUUCAAAGACAAGUCAAGACACUAUCAGAAAUUCGGGACAAUUGUACGUGUACAAAUAAGCAGCAGCAGCAGCAGCAGCCAUAGAAGAGAAGCUGGGUUGUGUUUAUAUGUAUAGAUUAUAUAUUUAAUAAGAAUUUGCACCGAGUAGAUGUUAGAAGAUAGAAGCUGGGUUAUGUUUCGCACUGGAAAAAACAGAGAGAUGUAUAGCCGUUAGUUAGUAAAGACCUAUUCAAUAUGUGUGAAGGGAAAAACCAAAAGAAAAAACAAAGGCUACUAAAAGCUAACCGUAAGAUCCAACUUGAACCUUUCAAAUUUCAUAGUAUGUUGUAACAUGUGUUUCUAUCCAGUUAUGGAAAUUAACCAAACUUAGCUAA